GGGGGGAUUUUGGAACCUUAGUAAACCCUUGCUUGGUGGUAGCUUCUCAGCUAUAACUAUAGUCCUCCCCUCCUCGUUCCUUAGCAACGAGGUCGUCAUCUUGCCGUCUUUAUUACCUGCAAGACGGGUCAUUCUUUAGCAUAGAUCGUCGCGCCUGUGGGCCUGUUUUUCGUCAGAACCACUGUCAUUGUCCCGACUUAUUUAGACCCUUGCCCCGUCUCGACUACUCUCUUUGAGAAAUUUGAUUGCGCCUCGCAUUCGUUUCUGGCAGAGCUGCGUUCGCUGGUCGCAUUGACCUGUUCAGGCAUCAUGUAUUUCAACUACGCUGCGGCUACACUGGCUGCAUUGCUUCCGCUAUGCUCAGCCCAGACCUACUCGAAGUGCAACCCUCUUCAGAAAUCUGGUUGCAAGCCCAACCCAGGUAUGGGUUCCAACUUCAACUCCGACUUCACUACCGGGGGUCUCGGCGGCUGGAUAACUACCGCCGGAAAGGUCCCCACUGGUGGCCAGGGCGCUGAGUUCACUCUGGCUAAGAAGGGCGAUGCGCCCACCAUUGACACCAGCGAUUACUUCCUAUUUGGUAAGGUCGAGGUUGUCAUGAAGGCUGCGCCGGGAGUCGGUAUUGUUAGCAGUAUUGUCCUAGAGUCUGACGCCCUCGAUGAGAUCGACUGGGAAGCCGUCGGUGGCGACACCUAUCAUAUUCAGACCAACUACUUCGGCAAGGGCGACACUUCGACCUAUGACCGUUCAACUUUAGUGGAUAUGGCUCCUCCGCAGGCUGAUUACCAUACGUACACCAUCGACUGGAACAAGGACCAGACCACCUGGUCCGUUGACGGCAAUGUUGUGCGUACUCUCAACUACAACGACGCCAAGGGUGGUUCUCGCUACCCCCAGACCCCUAUGCGCCUGAGACUGGGCAUUUGGGCCGGUGGUGACCCCGACAAUGGUCAGGGUACCAUCGAUUGGGCUGGUGGCAUCACUGACUACAGCAAAGCCCCCUUCAACAUGUAUGUCAAGUCGGUUAACAUUGUGAACUAUACCCCCUCCGACUCCUACACCUACUCCGACACCAGUGGCUCUUGGCAGAGUGUCAAGACUUCAGGAUCGGGCUCGUCCCCGGUGCCUCGCAGCACCUCCACCACCACGAACACCUCAUCCACCUCUGAACCCGCGUCCUCGUCUGAACCCGCGACCGAGUCUAGCACCACUAGUAAAACCUCUUCUACUGGUUUCAUUACCAGCACUACCAGCAGCACUACCGGCAGCACCACUGACUCCACCGAGUCCACCACUGGUACUACUACCGGCUCUUCCUCCUCGGAAGCCGGCUCCGGAUCCACCACUGCCGAGUCUAGCUCGAGCACCGGUUCCUCCGGCGCUGGUGCGUCCACGACUGAGUCUUCUGCUCCGGGGUCUUCUUCCGAUGCUGGAUCUUCCACUGGCGGCGGAUCUGCCUCUGGCUCGGCUUCUAGCUCGGCCGCUGGUGCCACUUCCACCGUUCCUCUCUCCAACUCCGCCACAACACCUUAUGGUGGAUCUUUCGUGGGCCUCAUGACGGUCAUGGGCUUGAUGACUGCCAUGUUGCAGCUGUGAUUGGAUCUGUUUUUGUUGUUUUUUGGUUUUCGUUUUACUGACCUAAUGACCCCAUGGCGGAUUUUGUAAUGGAUGAGAUUUUAUGACGCUUUUGGGAGACCACGCUCCUUUUUAUGACCUGCUGAUUCAUGUAUCGUUAAUUGUAGCCUUAGGUACAUACACAACACACAUGCUAGGAAGAAGAAUCUUUUGAUACUGGCUUAUAUUUAAGCUCGGGGGGAUUCAGGCAAUAUCAUUUCAAAUUUAUAAACGAGCUGUGU